UAAACCGUCGCAAAACCCUAAUCCCCGAAAACCUUACUCGUUUUCUUCAAUUUCGUAGAGGAAUACCUAGAUUUUUUUAUUUUGAUUUGUUUUGGAACUCGAACAAUCCGAAAUGCCACAUAACUUGGCUGGAAGAAAACAGGGCGGAGGAGAUCAAUCUGAUGGGAGCGGAUCCGCCCCAAAAACUCAUCGCCCAAAAUCUGGUAAAACCUCUGAAGAGAACGACAAAAAGAGCUUGAACAAGAAACUCAAAGAUGUCGAAAUUAGUGUUCCUAUAGUUUAUGGAACUAUCGCAUUCUGGCUUGGUAAAAAGGCCACUGAGUAUCAUUCUCACAAAUGGACCGUCUAUGUCAGAAGUGCAACAAAUGAGGAUCUUGGGGCUGUGAUAAAGCGUGUUGUUUUCCAAUUGCAUGCAAGUUUCAAUAACCCAACUAGGAUUGUGGAUUUACCGCCAUUUGAGCUAUCAGAAUCUGGUUGGGGUGAAUUUGAAAUUGCCAUUUCUAUAUUCUUUCAUGCUGAUGUCUCUGAUAAGCAAUUGGACUUACUUCACCAUUUGAGGUUAUACCCUGAGGAUGAUUCUUCAGCUCCACAGUCAACCAAAAAACCUGUUGUUAUAGAGUCUUAUGAUGAGAUUGUUUUCUGUGAACCUUCAGAGGCUUUCUUUUCUCGUGUCCAGAAUCAUCCUGCUGUUUCUGUGCCUAGACUACCAGCUAGUUUUAACUUCCCUCCUUCUGGACUGCUGAUUGAAAAUGUGCAUGAAAGGAAAAGAGGUGAUACGAAGGACCACCCGUUAAGUCAGUGGUUCUUGAACUUUUCAGAGGCUGAUGAAUUAUUAAAACUUGCUGCGGCCCGUCAACAGGUACAAGCUCAUAUUGGUAAGCUCAGAAGGCAGUUAAGUCUGAUGGAUGGGCAACCGCAACACUCAAAACCCUCACCUGGUCAGUGAAUAUGUACUUAAGCUCACUAAAAUAUAGGUGGUUUCCCUUCCAGAUUGGUUUGUAGAGAUGCUAAAGUGCCAAGUUGUUUGAAUUAGUGAUAAUGUUGAUCCUAACACAAGGAAUUAUGAAAUCUUCGUUUCCGCGUAUGUCCUUCAAUUGUAUCAAAAGACAGAUAGAAAAACUGGAUUUAUCAGUUAAUUUAGAACUCAAGAAGAAGUAAGAUAGAAUUUGAAUCUGUUUAUAUAACAA